UAGUAAGUGGGUAUCGUUAAAAAUAGUUGGUGAUCAAUCAGAGCUAAACUGGAUCUCAAAAAAAUGGCCGACGAAGUGAUUCUUCUUGAUUACUGGCCAAGCAUGUUCACGAUGACGACGACAAAGAUAGCUUUGGCUGAGAAAGGAGUGGCCUAUGAGUACGAGGAAACAAACCCUUGGGUGAAGACAUCUUUGCCCAACGAGAUGAAUCCAAUUCACAAGAAGAUUCCUGUUCUCAUCCACGAAGGUAAACAGAUCUGUGAAUCUCUUAUCCAGCUUGAGUACAUCGACGAGGUUUGGUCCAAUACAUACCCUAUCCUCCCUUCUGAUCCUUACCAGAAAGCUCAAGCUAGAUUCUGGGGUGAUUUCAUCGACAAAAAGUUUUACGACCCAUCAUGGAAAGUAUGGGGAACAAUAGGAGAAGAACAAGUUACAGCCAAGAAAGAUUUGCUUGAACAUUUCAAGACACUUGAAACAGAGCUUGGAGACAAACCUUACUAUGGUGGUGACGUAUUCGGAUUCGUAGACAUUGCAUUAAUGGGAUACUACAGUUGGUUCAAAGCCAUUGAGAAGUUUGGUGAGUUCAGUAUCGAAGCAGAGUUCCCAAAAUUGAUUCAAUGGACCAAGAGGUGUUUAGAGAGAGAGAGCGUGGUUAAGUCAAUAGCUGAUUCUGACAAGAUUAUUGAGUAUGCUUAUGUUCUCAGAAGGAAACUUGGAGUUGAGUAGAUCUUUGUCAUGUUGUCGAAAUGAGUCUGAAGUUCAGACUCAUGAACACAUAAGGAAAAAUAUGGUUCGGUAUCAAGCAGACUCUGUUAUGUUCUGUUUUUUAUGUGAAAUUUGUAUUUUUGUUUUCCUAUUUUCUAAAAGUGUGUUAAUCCAUAUUAAAUUUAUUUUCUCUUUUAAGUUUAGUCUAAUCUCAAAAAUCAAAUCAAUAAAACCAAAUUGAAGAUUUAAUGAGUUUUGAGACAAAUUUGUGUGAAUAUAACUCC